UGAAAUCCUUACAUACAAACUUCGGACAAGUUUUCAAGGAAAAAUUGUCUACGAAAUCGCGCAACACCGUCGUCGCCAUCCCAUGUUUUUAUAAUCGAGUUGGGGCUACGUCACGACAACAGCAGAGUGCGAGGUUCAACAAUCAUCAUUUUAAGCUUAUAAAGUGAGUUUCGAACAAGUAAAAGCCCGAAAACAUCAUUAUCAGUUAAAAAGUGUCCACAGCCAGGCUUUUUACUGUUAUUUCGUAUAGUGGUGUAUUUCUUCAUUUAACGGUCCCAAAACUCAAUAAAUAUGGUUCGUGUAUUCGUAAUUGGUGUGGCAAUGACCAAAUUCGAUAAGCCCGGUACCAAAGAGGGCGACUAUCCGGAUUGGGGCAAGGAGGCUAUUUUAGGAGCCCUGCAAGAUGCCAACGUUAAAAUGGACGAAAUCGAAUUGGCCACUGCCGGUUUCGUUUAUGGAGAUUCUACCAGCGGACAGAGAGUAAUCUACGAAGUUGGUAUGAGAGGUAUCCCCAUCUUCAAUGUAAACAAUAACUGUUCGACCGGCUCCACCGCCCUAAUGCUGGCCAAAGAAAUGGUCGAAUGCGGUAAAGCCCAAUGCGCCUUAGCAGUUGGUUUCGAAAAAAUGCAGAAGGGCAGUUUGGGCGCCACCUUCAUGGACAGAGCCAACCCCAUGGAAAAACACAUUGAAGUUAUGUCCGAACUAGCAGAUAUGGAUGCUUCUCCAAUUACUGCUCAAAUGUUUGGAAACGCCGCGUUGGAACAUAUGAAAAAAUAUGGCACCAAACCUGAACAUUUUGCCAAAAUCGCCUGGAAAAACCACAAGCAUUCUGUGAAUAAUCCAAACUCCCAAUUCAGAGACGAAUAUUCUUUAGAGCAAGUACAAAAAUCUCCUAAAAUCUUUGGUCCUUUGACCAAACUACAAUGUUGCCCUACAAGUGAUGGUGCAGCAGCCGCUAUUGUAGCUUCUGAAGAUUUUGUCAGGAAGCACGGCUUAGAGGAUCGGGCUGUCGAAAUUCUUGGCAUGGAAAUGGCUACUGAUUUAAAAUCAACCUUUACUGACAAAAGUUGCAUCAAAAUCAUUGGCUACGACAUGGUAAACUUAGCAGCUCAAAGAUUGUUCAAGAAAACAGGCAAACGCCCCACAGAUGUUCAAGUAGUUGAAUUGCACGAUUGUUUCUCAGCAAAUGAACUUAUAACUUAUGAAGCCCUAGGGCUUUGCCCUCCAGGUGGCGCUGGAACUCUCAUUGAUAGAGGCGAUAAUACUUACGGUGGAAAAUAUGUGAUAAAUCCUUCUGGAGGACUAAUAUCCAAAGGCCAUCCGUUGGGAGCUACUGGUUUAGCGCAAUGCGCAGAAUUGACUUGGCAAUUGAGAGGUGAAGCCGGGCCUAGACAAGUCCCUAAUGCCAAAUUGGCCCUACAACACAACAUUGGUUUAGGAGGAGCCGUAAUUGUUGGUUUAUACCAAUUGGGCUUCCCAGAGUAUAAAAACCGACGUGUAACGGCUAGAAAAACUGCCGCCAUUGCUUCUAGUGAAGAUGGUUUUAUUGUUACACCCUUUUUGUAUGUUUUGCAAGAAGCUAUGAAUGAAGAUCAAGAUAAUUUGAUUGCCAAGCAUAGAGCUAUUUACAGUUUAAAGGUUCAAAAAAGUGAUGGUGAAGAAGGUACGUGGAUAAUAAACGCCAAAGAAGGCAAAGGCAAAAUAAUAUUCAACGGAAAAGACAAACCUGAUGUGACGUUUAUAGUAAAAGAUGCCGACAUUGUUGAUCUUUUGACUGGGAAAAUUCAACCGCAAAGGGCCUUUUUCCAAGGCAAAAUUAAAAUUCAAGGCAACAUUGCUUUUCACACGUAUCAGAUCAAUACACUGAGCGAAAUCACAGCAGUAGCUCCUAGCAGCCAACCAGAAGCAUACUUCAACGGUUCCUCGUAUUUGAGACUACAAAACAGCUUUUCUUUGAAACAACCCACAGGAAUAAGCUUUAGAACAUGUUUUGGUGGCAGUUUGUUAUCCCAAAAACAAAGCGAAGAAUCCGUUGAGCUUCUAGUGAACAAAAAGGCAAUCUACUUUAGAGCGCAAGUAGAUGGAGAUUCUUAUGAAGAAGAGAUUUACGGAACAUUUUUGAAUAAUCGAUGGCACACUGUUUUUAUGCUUUACAGUCAAGGAAAUUUAACAAUGAAUGUCGAUGGAGAAUCAAAAAUUAUAGCUAAUUCAACCUAUAACAAUCCUCUAUUAACCAGCAGCAAACUCUAUGACGACAUGAAAGGUUCAGUACUUCUCAUAGGAAAAAACUUCAACGGUUGCCUUCUAGAAGGCCCCAACGUCGUUUUCGACGAUCACUUAAUUUACUACAACCACAACGUGGAAUUUGAAACUUGUCCCAUACCUAUGGACAGCUGUAUGCCCACUGAAAAAAUGACAGGCAUGGACUAUUGCCUAAACGAGCCCUGUAUGAUACACGGAACCUGUAUAAACGACCACAAUCACAACACAUACACUUGCGCUUGCCUGCCGAGAUAUACAGGCAAAAAUUGCGAAAUCGAUCAAGGAAAUCCUUGCGAAAGGAGGCCUUAUUAUUGUAAAAAUGGGGCAACUUGUGUUUCGGAUCAAAGAGGCGAUUAUGAUUGUGUUUGCGAGCCGGGAUUUACUGGAAAACAUUGCGAGACUGAACUGAGAACUCACCCUAGAUGCAAGACUAAUCCGUGUUUGAAUGGUGGUAUUUGUGAUACUGACAAAGACACCGAUGAAGUUUGGUGUACUUGCAAGCCAGGUUUCACUGGAAUUACUUGUGAAAAAGAUAUUGACGAUUGCGCUAGUAAGCCAUGUCAAAACGGUGGUAUUUGUACUGAUGACUUGAACAACUUCAAUUGCGAUUGCAAUCGUACAGGGUACACAGGACGUUUGUGUGAAAUUAACAUAAAUGAAUGUGCAACAAAUCCUUGUCAGAAUGAUGGUGUCUGUUUUGAUACUUAUGGUGCAUAUUUGUGCCAAUGUCCUGUGGGUUUUGGAGGAAAACAUUGUCAAAUUAGUGUUGAUGAAUGCGCUUCACAGCCGUGCGUCAAUAACGGCGUUUGCGUCAGCUACCAAAUGGGCUAUCAUUGCAAAUGUCCUGCGGGAUUUUUUGGAGAAAAUUGCGAACUCGAAAACAGACAGCAAAAGCAUUGCGAUAUGAUUAAUUGCGGUAGAAAUGGUGAAUGUUCUCAAGAUCCUAUUAAUGGUGCCACUUGUGUUUGCAAGCAAGAAUUUUCCGGAGAUUAUCCAAAUUGCAAGCCUAUUUGUGCUAAUAAUCCUUGCAAGAAUGGGGGAUUGUGCAAUGCGGUGAAUGGGAAUAUUAAUUGCUCUUGUCCGCCUGGAUAUACAGGUACUCUUUGUCAAACCAAUGUUGACGAAUGCCAGUCCAAUCCUUGUAGAAACGGCGGUAUUUGUAUAGAUAAAAUAAAUUCAUUUUCCUGCAAUUGCACUGAAGAUUGGAUGGGUGCCUUAUGUGAAAAACCUUAUGAUGUUUGUGAAUUGCAGCCUUGCAAGAACAAUGCAACUUGUAUUUCUCCAAACGGACACGAUUAUACUUGCAGAUGUUUGCCAGGAUUUGAAGGACCAACCUGUGAAACGAAUAAAGAUGAUUGUAAAGGAAUUGUUUGCCCUAAUGGCAAAAUUUGUAUCGACUUAAUUAACAAUUACGAAUGCCGCUGUCCUUUUGGUUACGAUGGCGAAGAUUGUAGUAGAGAUAUGGAUCCUUGUUCCAAAGAUCCUUGCGUCAAUGGUACUUGCAUUGUCGAUAAAACUAGUAACGAAUGGGCUUGUAAAUGUAAUACUGGAUUCACUGGACCUUUUUGUGAUAUGGACAUUGACGAAUGCAACAUACCCAACACACAAAUUUGCAAAACUGGAUUGUGCGUUAAUACUGUUGGCAGUUUUAAGUGUUAUUGUGAGCCUGGAUACACUGGAUUGAGAUGUGAAAUCGAUAUUGAUGAAUGUUUACCCCAACCAUGCUUAAACCAAGCAACCUGUAUGGAUUUAAUUAACAACUUCACUUGCAUUUGCCUACCAGGGUACAAAGGCAGAAAUUGCAGUGAAGAAAUCAACGAAUGCGAACCAAAUCCUUGCAUGGGAGGUGCAACUUGCAAAGACGAAAUAAAUGAUUUUACUUGUAUCUGUCCUCCCGGUUUGACUGGGAAGACUUGUGACAUUAAUAUAGAUGAUUGUGAGUCCAAUCCAUGUCAACACAAUGCGGAAUGUAUAGAUGGUUUGAACGAAUAUACCUGCAAUUGCACUGACACUGGAUACGAAGGAUUGCAUUGCGAAAUCAAUAUUGACGAUUGUAAUGGGCUGCCUUGCAUGAACGGGGCUGAAUGUCUGGAUAAGGUUAAAGAUUAUGACUGCAAAUGCCAUAGAGGUUACGAAGGAAAAAACUGUGAAAUCGAUAUAAACGAAUGUGAGAGUAAUCCAUGUCAGUACAAUGGAGUUUGCCUGGAAAAGUCCAACAUGACUCUCUAUAGUCCAGAGAUUAUCGCCAAAAUGGGCAUCGAACUACCUGAGGCUUUCCAGAAACCAUUCUCCUUUGAGGAUGCUGAUGGUCCUUGCCGGUUCGGUACUUGCACCGAUAAAAUCGGUGGCUACCUUUGCGAAUGUGACGACGGCUAUGAAGGAACCCAUUGCGAAAUAGACACAGACGAAUGUCAGAAAUACGAACCUUGCGUUCAGGGAACUUGCAUUGACCGAGUGGCCAACUACUUUUGCGCUUGCGAUCCUGAUUUCGGCGGCAAAAAUUGCUCCGUUAAACUUACAGGUUGUGAAGAGGAACCAUGUGAAAACAAGGGUGUAUGUAAGCCGUAUUUAAUAAAUGAAGUUGAGCACAGGUUUAAUUGUUCUUGUCCUAAUGGGUUCCACGGACACACUUGCCAAAACAAAACUACAAUGUCCUUUUCUGGACAAUCUUUGGUUACAGUUAAUACAAGCAGAGAUGAAGGAUACGAUAUACAGUUUAGGUUCAAAACAACUUUAGGAGAUGGGCUUUUGGCAUUGGGCAAAGGCUUGACUUAUUAUAUUUUGGAAUUGGCAAGAGGACGGCUGAAUCUUCAGUCUAGCUUGCUCAACAAAUGGGAAGGAGUAUUUAUUGGGUCUAAUUUGAAUGAUAGUAAAUGGCAGAAGGUUUUUGUUGCUAUUAACUCCACCCAUCUUGUGUUGAGCGCUAAUGACGAGCAAACAAUUUAUCCUAUUACGUUUAAUGAAAAUUAUAAUGUUUCCUCUACAAGCUUUCCAGUUACCUAUAUUGGUGGCAUACCAUCAAAUUUACGAAAACUAACUAGAGGGCAACCAUUUUUAGUUGGAUGUGCAGAAGAUAUUCAAAUAAAUUCCGAAUGGGUAAUUCCUCAACCAAGAAACACUUCUCAUUUAACAUUCCAAAAUACGGAAAUCGGUUGUGUAAGGGAGCCACAAUGUAAUCCAAAUCCUUGCCAUUCUGGAGGAUAUUGUACUGAUAAAUGGAGGGAUUUUAGUUGCUCUUGUACCAGGCCUUUUUUGGGAAAUACUUGCCAAUAUAACUAUACCGCUGCUACUUUUGGCAAUGAAGAUAUUAUGGACUCAUUAGUAACUGUUGAUGUAUUUGAUUUGGCCCGCAGAGCUGUCAGAACAAUAGUAGACAUUUCAAUGUUUAUCAGAACCAGGCAAAGCAAGGGCCAAAUAUUUUAUCUCGGUUCGUUUGCCAGUCCUCAAAAUGCCAACGAUGAAACAUAUAUUGCUGCCCAAUUAGAAAAUGGUGAACUUUUCGUUAGAAUUCAGUUUAACGGUUCAGGGGAAGCUUAUCCUGUCUCGGGAGUGAAACUAGACAACGGUUAUGUUCAUCUUAUUGAAGUGAUUAGGAAUGUUACUUUGGUUCAAGUUAAAUUGAAUGGGACUGAGUAUUUUAGGAAAACAAUAUCAGCAAAUGGUAUUCUUAAUGCCCAAAUUUCCAAUGGUUCCAGUGUGAUGGUAGUUGAAUUUUUCCCUAUAUCUGGACCCGAUCUACUAAUUCCACCCGCUUUUGGCAACGUUUCUUUCGACCGUUCUCUAGUCAUGGAAGGCAUAAUUUCUGACAAUUUAUGCAGAGAAAAUCCGUGUAAUCGUGGUUCUUGUGAAAAUACUUGGAACGAUUACAAGUGUAUUUGUGAAAGAGGUUUCAAAGGUAAAACGUGCAACGAACUCGAAUUCUGCGAAAUAGAAGGUUGCCCCGAAGGGGCCAAAUGCAAUAACAUCGAAGGCGGUUACGAAUGUAUCGCAAAUUCCACAUUCACUGGAAAAACUGAGCCUCUGCUGUAUCAAUUGAGCAUUUUGCCAAAUUCCAGUCGAGAUUUUAAUGUUGAGGAGAUUGAAUUGACUUACAGAACACGAUCUUGGGGAACACUAUUAUUUGCGAAAAACAACGCCGACUACUUCACAGUAUUUAUUUAUCACAACGAGGUUGUAAUUCAAUGGAAUUUGGGCUCAGGAAUAAUAACCCAACGUUUCAAAAAAGAAAAAUUUGACGGGCAAUGGCUAACGUUGCUUUUGCAUUUCAAAGAUCAAACUUUCAAAGGGGGUUUUAAAGAAAACGUCCUAGAUAUGUCGCCUAAUAUGGAAAGUCCUCAGUUUGAUGUAGUUUCUCUGACGGAAUUGUUUAAGGAAGGAUAUAUUUAUUUAGCUGGAAGCGAUAACAGUACUUUUGAUUUUAUGACUGUUAUUGAAACUACUGAGCUCAAUACAACAAAUUACAUUGGCAACUUUGAAACAACGACAAUAGACCCUUUAAUUAUAACCAAUUCAAUAGAGAGUGGAGAAAUUGACGAUGGAUUUUUGUACAAAAUAGAUCAAAACAAGAAAACUGACAGGUUUAAAGGUUGCCUGAGCGAAAUUCGCAUUGCAGGACUUUUGCUUCCGUUUUUCACCCAAAAAGAAAUCUAUCGCAACGAAACUUAUUACACUGAAGAAUUUUUCGAGCUGGAACCUUCUACCAAAGUAGAUUUGGGUUGUAUUUUGUGUUAUGAUACUGACUGUAAUAAUCAGGGACAGUGCAUAAAUACGACUGAGACUUACAAGUGUGAUUGUAAUGAAGGUUAUGCAGCAGACGAUUGUUCAAUAGAUAUAAACGAAUGCGAAAAUAAUCCUUGCGAAAACGGAGCUACUUGCAUCGAUUUGGUCGGGAGAUACGAGUGUCAGUGUGCUGUAGGAUACGAAGGAGACCAUUGCCAAAUAGACAUUGAUGAAUGCGUAAGCAACCCGUGCAAACACGGAGGUACUUGCAAUGAUCUAAUAGGGACAUUUAAAUGCGAAUGCCCUGAGGACUUUGUUGGCAAACAAUGCGAGGCCCCACUUUUGAUUACUUGUGAAAAUAAACCUUGCAAGGAUGGAGCUACUUGUAAAACUGCACCGAAUCUAGAAACUGGAAAUAAUUUUACAUGUUUCUGCACCGAAGGCAUGCAAGGUGCGCUCUGCGAUACGCCAUUUUGUAACGUAGAAAGAUGUAAAUUCGGAUUUUGCAAUACCACCAUAAUUCCAUUUUGCGCUUGCAAUCCAGGUUUUGAAGGCAAAUUUUGCGAAAUAAACAUCGACGAAUGUCUGACGCCUACAGGCAGAAGUCCUUGUCAAAACGGCGGCGUUUGCUUGGAUGGAAUAUCGAGAUACGAUUGCAAUUGUACCGGCACUGGUUAUACAGGGUUGCUUUGUGAAAAUGAUAUAAAUGAGUGUAAAGAUAAUGCGUCGCCUUGCGGUAGUGGGACUUGUGAAAAUUUGCCGGGGUCUUAUAGAUGUACUUGCGGUGAUAGUGGGAAAUGUGGGCAUCAUUGCGCAUUGGACGAUCCGUGUAUUUUUGAAGAGACUUGCAUGCACGGAACUUGCAAAUCUCAUUGUACUGAUAAGCCUGAUUAUACUUGUAGUUGUGAGGAAGAUUGGACUGGACAGAAUUGUACACAUUUAAAGGCUGCAGUGAGUAGAGCAGAAAGUGGAAUCAACAUCCUCUACAUAAUCAUACCAGUGGUUUUAGUACUUCUUAUAGCAUUCCUUAUUGGAAUGAUUAUUUUGGUCAAUGUAGCUAGAAGUAAAAGAGCUACUAGGGGCACUUAUAGUCCUUCGGCUCAAGAAUUUUGCAAUCCACGUGUGGAAUUGGAUCACGUUUUGAAACCGCCACCUGAAGAAAGACUGAUUUGAUUGGUCAUUGGUGUUUUGACCAUUUUUUUGUACUUAAUUAACAGAAUCUCGUUUUAUGAAAUUAUAAUUUUUUGAUAAGGAGCCAGUCAAGUAUUAGGAAAAUUUCAAACCCCUCACCAUGAACAGGCUGUAAGCCUUGGGAAAUUGUGCAAAAUGUAUUGACACUGAUUUUUUUUUGGUAAACUAAGGUACUGCUUGAGAGAAAAUAUGUAAAGAAACAAUGUGUUAAUUUUUCUGUAGAUAUUUAUUAUAGUUUUAUUUUUUUUAUCUUAUUUCCCCAUUUUUCUCUAUUGAUAACUCUCUUUUUUUGUUAGUUUAUAGUUAUUUUUCUGCUGUGUAUAUGUUCUCAAUCAUUGUUUAUAGUACUUAAAAUUUAAACUAAAUUUGAAUAGCACUCUAUACUCAAUUGGCAAUAAUUGUAAGAUUCAGUUGCUCAAAUGUGUGGCAUUUCUAGAGAAAUUAUCGACAUUCUUCUGGUUAGUUAAUCUUUGUUUGCACUCUCUAUUUACAUAUACCUACAUAAUUUUACUCUGACUGAUAUUAUUAAUACAUGUUUAAACUUCCUUUAUUGUACUUAAAUAAUGAUGUCUUAUGAAUCUAACCCGUCCAAGUAAGAGAACAUUUCGUGUCCAUUAUGGACACAAAUUUAUUGUGAUAAGAAAAACCUUUUUAAUCAAACUUAGUAAGCAAUAACGGCCUAACGAUAAGUGUCCAUCUAUUUUGAUAUAAUUCGUAUUAUAGUGUACUUAAUUUUAAAGAACCAAAGCUAAUUUGUAAAUAUUAUAAUGUAUUAUUAUUUAUAUACUCUAUAGGUUUAUUUUACUUUUCGAUAAUAGUAAAUAAACGAUCUAAUAAUGUAAGAGUAA